AUGGCGGGCUACGGGAUCCAGUCGAUGCUCAAGGAGGGCCACCGCCACCUCUCCGGGCUCGAGGAGGCUGUGCUCAAGAACAUUGACGCCUGCCGCGAGCUCUCCGCCAUCAAGCGCACCUCCCUCGGCCCCAACGGAAUGAACAAGAUGUUUAUCAAUCACUUGGACAAGCUGUUUGUCACAAAUGAUGCUGCCACCAUCGUGAAUGAGCUAGAGGUUCAGCACCCGGCUGCUAAGAUCCUGCUGAGGAGCUCAUCAGGGAUGGGCUUGCAUCCGAGUGAGAUCAUCAUUGGCUACACCAAAGCCAUCAACAAGACAAUUCAGAUCUUGGAGGAUCUUGUUGAGAAAGGCUCAGAGAACAUGGAUGUAAGAAACAAGGAGGAGGUUGUGUUGAGGAUGAGAUCUGCUGUCGCAAGCAAGCAGUUUGGCCAGGAGGAUAUAAUGUGCCCUCUUGUGGCUGAUGCCUGCAUUCAAGUUUGCCCCAAAAAUCCUGCAAACUUUAAUGUCGACAAUGUUAGAGUGGCUAAGUUGCUUGGAGGUGGUUUGCACAAUUCUUCUGUGGUCCGUGGGAUGGUUCUGAAAAAUGAUGCUGUUGGUAGCAUCGAAAGGGUGGAGAAGGCAAAGCUAGAAAAUUAUGCUAAGACCGAGGAAGCUAAAGUGGAGGAGCUUAUCAAAGCUGUCGCUGACUCAGGUGCCAAGGUUAUUGUCAGUGAAGCUGCAGUGGGUGACAUGGCGCUACAUUUUUGUGAACGUUACAGACUGGUGGUUCUGAAAAUCAGCUCGAAGUUUGAACUGAGAAGAUUCUGCCGUACUACUGGGGCUAUGGCAUUUUUGAAACUUAGCCAACCCAAUGCGGACGAACUAGGAUAUGCAGACUCUCUUUCCGUUGAAGAAAUUGGUGGUACUCGAGUUACUGUCGUCAAGAAUGAAGAAGGUGGAAAUUCAGUGGCUACUGUUGUCUUGAGAGGCAGUACUGACAGUAUACUAGAUGAUCUUGAAAGAGCUGUUGAUGAUGGCGUCAAUACGUACAAGUCAAUGUGCAGGGACGGUAGGAUAAUUCCUGGUGCUGCUGCAACAGAAAUAGAGUUGGCAAAGAGGUUGAAAGAGUUCUCAUUGAAGGAAACAGGGUUGGACCAGUAUGCCAUUGCAAAAUUUGCUGAAAGCUUUGAAAUAGCUCCAAGAACCCUGGCAGAAAAUGCUGGACUCAGCGCAAUGGAGAUAAUAUCCUCUCUCUAUGCCGAGCAUGCUAGUGGCAAUGUGAAAGUUGGCAUUGACCUGGAGGAAGGUGCCUGCAAGGACAUCUCGACCUUAAAAAUACGGGACCUCUAUGUCACAAAGUUUUUUGCGCUAAAAUACUCUGCUGAUGCUGCAUGCACCGUGCUAUGGGUUGACCAGGUUGCGCUCUACUUUUCUGAGAAUAUGGUUGGUUGCAAUAGGGAAGAGGCCUUAAGGGCCAGGGAAAUUGCUGUGAAGAAGAUGGAAAAUAAAGAUUUUUUUGGUGCCCAGAAGAUUGUGCUUAAAGCUCAAAAGCUUUUUCCAGAGCUUGAGAAUGUGUCUCAACUGUCAACCAUCUGCAGUGUGCACUGUGCAGCAGAGUUAAGGGUGAAUGGAGAGAUGGACUUCUAUGGAGUCCUUCAAGUGGAGGAAGGAGCUGACAAAGCCUUGAUAAAAAAGCAGUACCGCAAGCUUGCAUUUUCACUUCACCCUGAUAAAAAUUGUUUUAUGGGUGCUGAGGCAGCUUUCAAGUUGAUCCAAUACCAGUACUACAGCAAUAUCUUGAACACCAUGGUCCGCUGUCUGAACUGUAAAAGGAAUUUUUUUGCAUACAAGCUGAAUCAACAGCCCAUGUCCACUUCAUCAAGUGUCAACAGCUCCCAAGUUCCUGCAAGCAGAUUUGCGAAUAAACAACGUGACACUCCCAAUCAACAAGGUCACCCUAUGAAUCCUUCAUCUGUAGGUAGAGGCACCAAUGUGAAGCCAAAUGGUUCCCAAGACCCUGCACACAUGUUUCGAAAUCAACAGCAUGGUGUUUACAGUCAACAUGGCCAUCCUGUGAAGCCUUCUGCAGACGGAGACACAGAUGCAAAGCUGAGGAUGAAUGUGGCCCAGCGUGAUGAAUACAUGAAAGGGAGAGCUAAUGACCCAGAGGUGUUGAGGGGGAAAUUUCAAUCUUCAACGCUGAAUCAAGAUAAAUCUUCUGUCCCUAUGGGAAAUGGGGACAUGCAAGGAAGGCCACCAAUUUCAGACCCUGCUGAUCCAAACAUUGUCAACACACAGAAAUCAGUUCAGGAAGAUGCGUCUGCAGUGCCGGAUGCUAUGGAUCUGCCUGGUUCUGCAAAGCCUUCUUCUGCAGGUGGGAAAAUAGAUGGAGAUGCAAGGAUAAAUGUUGCAGGUAGUAGAUUGAUGCCAGAUCCUGUUGAUCUAAAUAUUACUGGCAGAAGAAAUUUGCAUAGACAAGAUGCAUCUACAGUGCCUACUGGUGCCGGAUCCUCUGGUACCCAAAGCUCAGUUAAGAGGAAGACUUAUGCUGAUGGCAAUGUUUGCCUGGACACGGAUACCAACAAGAGGCCAAUGAAAAAUAAUAUUCCAUCUGAUGUUAACAUGAGUUGUAAACAAAUCCACCUCAUGUGUCCGGCGGCAAAUGUAGACACCCAACAAAAGCCAAAAAUUGCUGAUAUAAGUGAUCAUCAGGUAAAUAUCAAGGAAAAAGCUACUGAAACUGAUAGUGAUCAGGACAAUAUCAUGGAAGAAGCUCCUCAAACUGUUAGUGAAAACGUAAAUAUCAAGGAAAAAGCUACUGAAACUGAUAGCGAUGAGGACAAUAUCAUGGAAGAAGCUCCUCAAACUGUUAGCGAAAAGAAGCCUUCUUACUCUGUGCAGGUCACCCUCCCUGAUCCAGAUUUCUUCAAUUUUGAGAAGAUCAAGGAUAUCAAUGUGUUCGAAGUUGGUCAGAUAUGGGCCCUCUAUGACAACCUUGAUGGCAUGCCAAGGUAUUAUGCUCGUAUAAAGCAUUUUGAUGCCUCCAACUUCAAAAUACAUUUAACUUGGCUGGAGUACGUUGCGAUGGAUGAAGAUGAGGAGAACUGGACUGAUGAAGAACUGCCUACUGCUUGUGGAAACUUUCGCCUUGGGAAAGGAACUGACAUAUCAGAAGACAAGGAAAUGUUUUCUCACAUUGCUUCUUGGACAAAAGGUAAAAUGAGGAAUUCAUAUGUCAUAUAUCCUAACAAGGGUGAGGUGUGGGCUCUUCACAAGGGGUGGAGCAUGGAAUGGAGCUCAGAUGCAGAUAAUCAUAGAUCAUAUGAGUAUGAGGUUGUGGAAGUCGUGUCAAGUAUGUCAGCCAAUGGUGGCGCCACUGUUAUCCCACUGGUUAGGAUUGAGGGAUUCAUUUGUUUAUUUGCAACAGCUAAAGACAAAUCCUCAUUUGUGAUACCAUCUAGUGAGCUGCUCCGAUUUUCUCACAGAAUCCCUUUUUAUAGGACAAAAGGAAAUGAAAAGGUUGGUGUUCCAAGAGGAUUUCUGGAACUGGACAAUGCAUGUCUCCCUGCUGACCUGGAUGCAGCAUUUUCCAAUGUUACUCUUGACUCUUACACGUCUCUCAGCAAGAAAGAAAGCAGCACAUCUGUUAAUGUGACCACUGACAAUACAAGUUGUAGAAUGGAUCUGGGAGAUGAUCAAAUUGCUCAAAAGGAGAAUCACCGUGAAGAGCAUAUUGGCCACCCCCACCCAAUGUCUACAGACAAUCCUAAAGAUUUGUGCCCGGAACAAAAUACACCCUUAAAGAAAACUGCUGGUGAUGCCAAUGAAUUUAGUGAUUGCUCUCUUCAAGGCAGCCUCUCCCCCAACAUAUACACAUAUCCUGAUUCUGAUUUCCACAAAUUUGAAGAAGGUCGCUCCUGUGAGAAGUUUGAACGUGGACAAGUAUGGGCCUUGUACAAUGAUAUUGAUAAACUUCCCAAGUUCUAUGCCUGGAUAAAAAAAGUCAGGGAAGAGCCUUUUAGAGUUGAGGUGAUCUGGCUUGAGGCUUGCCCGAAACAGGAUCAGGAGAAACAGUGGUUGAAGCAGGACAUACCCAUCAGCUGUGGCACAUUCAAAAUCCUAAAAUGGAGAGCUGAGUAUGACACAAGCGAUACCUUCUCUCAUCUGGUAUAUUUUAGAGAAACCGCCAAAAAGCGGGAGCUUGAAAUCCUCCCACAGGUUGGCGAUAUAUGGGCCGUCUACAUGAACUGGGCACCUGACUGGGUUCCAUGCAGUGUUGAUGCCUGUGAGUUUGCUAUCUGCGAGGUCAUCGAGUGCACUGAAGCUAGCACAAAGCUCACCUUCCUGGCCCAAGUCAGCGGCUACCGAUCCGUGUUCAAGCCUGACAAGCAAAGGGGAGUGCUGGAGGUACCUGCCGGGGGAGGAGCUGAGGUUCUCCCACCAGAUACCCUAUUUCCGCCUGACGGGAGAGGGAGGCGGCAGUCUCCGUGGCUUCUACGAGCUUGA